AUGCGGUAUCAAGCUGAAUUACCCAUACGUCGCGAAGGAAGCAGCCAGGGCGGACCGUCCGGCGCGGGACAGGAGCAGGGUGAUGGCGCAGCUGGCUCGGCCCGCAGCAGUAUCUCCCUCGGAGCACACGCGCGGGCGAUGGGCGGCCUCCAGGUGGAGUCGAUAUCCUUCGAGCAGAACCUCCACCAGAGCAGGGUCUUCGGCGCAGGAACCGUCUCGCCGCAGGGACCGCCCGUGAGCGGGCCCCGGAGGCUCUCCUUCAACGACGUGGACAGCGAUUCCGACGAGGACGACGAGGAGGAGUCCAUUCUGUACCCGGGGAGCCCCGACGAGAACAUGAGCGACGACGAAGACGACGCGGGCGCGCGGGACGCGCCCGACGCAGAGCUCCUGAACCCCGUCGGGAUGCUCCUCGAGCACCUGCGCCUCGGCGGGCGACGGCCCUCCCCGGCCGGCGAGGACCACGCGUCCAGCGCGCAGGUCGAGGCGCUCCAGACGCGGGAUCCGUGGCGGCUGGGCUCGGCCGGCGACGUCGAGGCGCCCCGACCCUCGACCUCCCCGACGCUGCCGCAGUCCGGCGCGCACGGCCGCACGCUGUCCCGCGUCGGAGCGGCGGCCGCCGCCGUCCCCGUGCCGUCCGCGCACGCCACGGACGCCGCGAUGCACGACCGCGCCGCCGUCGAGCACCCGCCGGCGGACCGCCCCACGCUCGCGCGCUCCGUCGGGGACGCGCCGCACCGCGGUGCGACCCACGUGGGCUCCUGGGGGGGGGGUGUUGGCGCGGGCUCUAGGGGGGGCGCGGCGGUGCCGAGCCGCGCGGCGCCCGGCCCGGAGACGCCGAGUCUGAGCGGGUUCGGGAAGGCGGUGAAGAAGCUGCGGUCGUCCGCGGAGGUGCGCGGCGGCGGGUGCCGCACGACAGCGGAGCUGCGGCAGUCCUGGCCGCGGGUGGUGCUGCUCAGCCCCGUCGGCCCGCGCGCCCGGACGACCACGCGGUCCGCGGACUCCCCCGCGCGCACGUCGGACGGGCCCGACCUCGGGCUGCGCGAGGACGACACCGGCAGCGCGCUGCUGCGCGCGUCUUGGCAGCCCACGUCCGGCACGCCGACGCUCGGCGGCCUGCCGCCCGCGGCGCCCUUCGUGUUCACGGCCGCGGGAGCGCGGCCCGGCGGCGCGCCGAUCGCGGACGACGCGGGCUUCGUCGGGCCGAUGGUGGGGGAAAAGCGGAGCUCGCGGGGGCACCGCGUGCCGCGGCGGUCGCUGGCGGGGCCGUCGCUGCUGCGCUCGAACUCGGCGCGAAGCAGCCUGAACUUCGGGCCGUCCGCGCUGGCCGACGCGACGAACGCAGUGUCGCCGACGUCGCGCAGCGCCGCUCCGUCGCCCACCGGGGCGCUCGGCGCGAAGCUGCCGGCGCGCGUGCCGACGCCGCCGAAGCUGCACGUCCCGAGCCCGAGCGGGGAGCGCACGGCGCGCCCGUUCGGGUUUGACCCUCCGGGCGGAGGGAGGGAGAACACAGCGGAGCUGAGAGAUGACGGCGCGGGGUGA